ACAGGUCUUUCCGUGACUGAGUUUUGUGAUUCUACCUGCCACUGGAAGCCCAAAUUCUUUGCCAAUCGUGCAUGGUUUCUUAGCAUUUCCUCAAUCAGUAGCACAGAAUUUACUCUCCGUCAUCACCUCACACCAGUUGCUCUAGUAAGAACUAUAUUCAGAGAGUAUGGAGACUUACGGACACACCACCACCUCCACCACAACAAGCACCACCACCACUGUUGCUAUAGGACCGGAUAUAAGUUAUGCCAAAAGUCUACGGGGUAUUCUAAAACUUGCUGAAAUCUUUAUUUCAAUCUUGACUCUCAUCUGUGCUUCAGUAGCCAUUCAAUAUGCAAUUGCAGGUGUCGGCUGGGUGCAGUUUGUUGCCGUGGUUACGUUUAUUAUCUUCAUCACUUUCUUCUUGCUGCAUUUCUUGCACAUUUUUGCCAGGAUACCAGCACCUAUGUUAUUAAUUGAAUUUGCUGUCUACGUGGGGUCAUGUGUCUGCAUAUUCAUUGCAGCCGUAGUUGCAGCUUGUUAUGGGUUUGUCCCAUCACUUGGUGCAGCGGCCUUCUUCCUGUUUGCCACACUGGCUGUCGCCGCCUACGAGUGCGUCUACCUGUACCGAGACUACAAGGGAGCCAGGCAUCCCUCGGCUGCCUCUCCAGACAUGGCCAACGUGGAGAGCACCACCACAACGACCACUUAUGAAACUCGGCCACAGUACUGAGGAGCGGGAGUGGGAGGAGGAGGAUGAGGAUGAUGAGGAGGAGGAUGAGCUCCUUGUCCACACUUCAUCGAACUAUGUCGAUACUGAUGAUGACAUUGAAAAAAAAAAUGAGCAUUAAUAAUAAUUAUAAUGAUGAUAAUAAUAAUAAUAAUAAUAAUGAUACUUAAAAUAAUAAUGAUAAUUAAUUAUAAUGUCUCCUUGGCAACUGUAAACAAAGAUAACCAUCUCUCACUUCUUUUCUCCUCAUACAAUUCUCCCCCCACCCCCACCCCCCACCACCCCGCUGCCCCUACUUUGACUCGAACAAGAACUACCUGUCCCCCGACCCUUGCCCCCGACCCUUGCCCCCGACCCUUGCCCCCGACCUUUGGCCUGUUGUUGUUGUUCUAGUCCUUGCCCUCUCUCGCUGUCCCUUCUCAUCAUGACCAUCACUAAUGACGCAUGAUGUUCUGAGGACCGG